CUGCUCCUUUGCGCCCACGCCAACCCAGUUACCAGAGCCGCCAUUGCCGCCGGCCCUGCGUAUCGGCAACACCACACGACCGCAGCCAUUGUAUCACCUAUUCGGUCCGAGACGCUUCGAUUCAGCUCGCUGUUGGUGUUCCCGGACUCGCUGCGCGGGAUUGAUGGCAGGUGACGCGUGAAUUUGUCGUCGGAGUUGAAGCUCCGCCGUGACCGCGCUCACUGCCGUGGCCCGGAACAUUUGCGCUACUAACCUCGGUGGAGGUGGUUCUCAAAUCUCAAGUCCAUCCACGCGGAAUCGGACUUGACCUUUAUUUAAGGCGCAGGGCUGCAGGCCCGUUCCCUCAGCUGACCAUACGCAACCGCACAGGAAACAGGACCGUCGCCGCGAACCGCCGUACUCUAUACCGACUUCUCCGAACCUCCUGUCCUCCAUACCGGCGCUCCUACCCUCGCUGCAAUGGAGUUGAGGAGGCCUGCGCCCUCUCCUCUCGUCGACAACUACGUGGUACCUGGUGAUGUCGUCCUGGACCUCUCCGAGAUGAACAACCAGACCAUUAAACUCGGCGCGGGCCUGCGUCAGGAGUGUGACACCAUCGAGGCGACUAGUGCUGGGAAGUUGCGGCAGUUGAAACCCAACAAGUAUUGUAUUGAAAACUCCCAGAAGCGGUAUAAACCUUCUGUAGAAGAUACCGUUCUUGGUAUUGUGGUCGACACCAAACCAGACAACUUUUUGGUAGACAUAAAGGGUCCUAAUUUGGCCUUUCUACCAGUACUUUCAUUUGAAGGCGGUACAAGGAGAAACAUACCCAAGUUCAAGAUUGGUACAUUAAUAUAUGCUCGAGUGGUGAAAGCAAAUAGUAUCAUGAAUCCCGAGCUCUCAUGCAUGGAUGCUACUGGGAAAGCUGCCAAAUUUGGACAGCUGAAAGAUGGUUAUAUGUUCGACACAUCAACUGGCAUGUCACGAAUGUUGUUAAGUUCCCCAACGUGUCCAGUUCUGGAGGUCCUUGGGAAAAAACUGUCGUUUGAGAUUGCUGUUGGACUCAAUGGUCGAGUCUGGGUGAAUGCUCCUGCAGCAAGUACUGUCAUUCUUGUAUCAAAUGCAAUUAUGAGGUCAGAAUCUUUGAGCGGCAUAAAACAAAGAGCUAUGGUAGAAAAUCUAUUGGAGAGAUUGUCAUGAUGAUAAGUCAGCAAGCAUUAGUCUAAAGUAAAAUGGGGGAAUUUCCAUUGUGUCAGUUCAAAGUAAAAGUAGGAAAGUUUGAGAUCAAAGUGACUAUCCACAUCAAAAGAUUAUUAUGUAUCACGUGUCGUAGUAUACAGUACACUAUACUCUUUUUUUAUUAAAUUUAUCAAUGUAUUUA